AUGGUGCUCUCCGCGCCCGACCCGGGACUUUUGCGCGCUACGGGCGCGCGGCGGCCCAAGGGGCGGGGCCUCGCCAGGCUGCGCGCAGGCUCCCAGGCGGGAGCUACUAUUCGCCCCUUGAGGCGUGUUGAUCCAACACGGACUGAGUACCAAGGAAUGAUUGAGAUCAUGGAUGAAGUGGAUAUGAAAGGUGAGGUCUAUCCAUUUGGCGUAGUUGGGCUGGCCAACAAAGGGGAUUGCCUACAGAAAGGGGAGAGCGUCAAGUUCCAAUACUGUGUCCUGGGCCAAAAUGCACAGACUAUGGCCUACAACAUCACACCCCUGCGUAGGGCCACAGUGGAGUGUGUGAAAGAUCAGUUUGGCUUCAUUAACUAUGAAGUAGGAGAUAGCAAGAAGCUCUUUCUCCAUGUGAAAGAAGUUCAGGAUGGCAUUGAGCUACAGGCAGGAGAUGAGGUGGAAUUCUCGGUGAUUUUUAAUCAGCGCGCUGGCAAGUGCACUGCUUGUAAUGUUUGGCGAGUCUGCGAGGGCCCCGAGGCUGUUGCAGCUCCACGACCUGAUAGGUUGGUCAAUCGCUUAAAGAACAUCACCCUGGAUGAUGCCAGGGCUCCUUGCCUAGUGGUUCUUCGUCAGCCAAAGGGACUAGAUAACUCAGUGGGAUUUGGUGCCGAAAGAAAGAUCCGUCAAGCUGGUGUCAUUGACUAACCACAUCCACAGAGCACAUCAUUAAUCCACCAUGAUCAAGUUGGGGGGAUUCUGGUGAAGGGUUCUGAAUAUCUCCCUCUUCAUCCCUCCCAAAAUCUGGAAUACUAUUCUAUUGAGCUAUUACACCAGUUUUAACACCUUCCUCAUGCUAUGUUUAAAAAAAUAAAUACAUUUAAGAAAACCAUUUAAAAAUUAUGCACAGUUGCAGCCUGGAGAACUUAAGGUGGCGCCUUAUAGUAUCAAUUUUAGGAGCUUUAUUUGGUUCAUUUAAUGCAACUGGUAAUUGCAAAAUCCACUUCGCCUGUGUAAGUGAAA